AUGCGUUACCAAAACUGGGACGUUCUCUUGUUCCCGGAUCUCAGCAAGAUUCCGUUCCAAGAGUUCAAAACAUCUUGCUCGGUUGUACAAGAUCCCGAGUGUCACACCCUACAAACGAACCCGCUUCUGCUGCCCACAGUGACCUCUUUCGUUGUUGGUCUUUCUGCAGGAGCCGCCUUCCGUGUUUCGAUUCAUUGCUGGGAGAAUCCCGAAAUCAGCCGGUACAUUCAGAAUCUCAAGAAGCCUUCCGAUAAUAUUGUGUUUGAGGCUCGACUGUUCAUUGAUGGAAGGAUCGCCGGCUCCAAAUGGUUCAAUCAAACAGGACCAUGGCCUACGGUCAUUGAACUCAGUAUUGAUUUGGACAAACACGGUGAGUUCGAAAAGCUCAAGUUCCCGACAUUCCAUAAAGAGCUUCUGUCUCAGAGCUAUUGGAACCCCGGAGAUGAUCUCGGACGAAUCAAAGUUAUUAUUGCCGAAGGUUUUACUAGGGACCAUUUGCCCUAUCCAUUUGAACGGGUCAAGAACAUUGUUUCGUUCUCCUUUCAGCACGCUCCGCUCGAUGUCCUGGAAGCGUCUUCUAUCGCCUGGCCAAAUGCUUCGAUGUGGCGACACGUUUCCCUCGGUGGUCCGUACUUUGCACAAGCCGCCUCUCCACGAAGCGAGCCCGUCGAACAUGGCCAUUCUCCCCGCCAUGUUGGUACAAUGACAACGACAAGAGCUACGUUGCCUGCUCCUCCUAAGAUCGGGUCCAUGCUACCUCCAGCAGUCCCUGCCUUUCCACGACAGCCGAGCUAUGAUCCGUUCACUGAGUCUGUUCACGUUGCUUUCAGAGGCUGGCGCCAGGCAUCCUCAGACACGUCGAUGCCCGACUUUUCAGACCCAAGCACCCGAAGCAAUAGCAGAAAUGUCAGUGACCCGAUGCAGAUCUCCCAAACUCUGGAUCGCCGAUUUGAGCCAAACCCUGUCUUCGACGAGCUCUGUGAGGUUAUGAUGCCAUCUGCACCGGUCAACACGCUUCAGAACGAGGCAGUUGCUCCUAAAUGUAUCACUGUGAAAUCCGAGCCUGAGAGCAAGCACGAAAACGUUCAGGAGCCACUGGUACAAUCAGAGCUAGUUAUUAACGACAACGCCGUUCGGAUAGUUUCCAACCCGUUUUCCAGUACUACUAAUAGCGGAACGAAGAGGCAACGAAUAAUUACACCAGCUGCAGCCAAGGUGAUUGAUGAUGCAGAUGAGCCGAGAACCUCUCCAUCUUUCAGGAAGACGUCGCUAGGCACAACUAAGCAAGAGUCGGAUGAGAAUGACCGAAAGAUACUUGGACCAAUCGAGAAUGUUUGA